AUUCACCGAGCUUAUUUAUACUCAAGAAAAUCAUCUGCACACAGCACACUGCACUGAUAAAAAUAAGAACUUAAACACUCCAUUUUUGAAGGAGAAACUUGCCGAGCUAUACAAGAAUAGUAGAAGUAUUCACCGAAAGUGGAUUGAAUUCAAGUUCCGCCGCAGACUGUGGAACAUUCAUUCGCACAAUUCCAUGUCCAAGCAAGGAUUCUACCAGACCGCAAAACAAGUUUUCACCUCAGUAUCUACUUCAAAAUCCAAUCAACACACCGCUAAUUUGAUUGCCAAAUCCCUCAUCAAUUCGACCCCAAAAUCUCUCAAAAUUUCACAAUCUCUCAUUUCCAAACUGAACCCGCAUAUCACACACCAUGUUCUCUCGAACCCACGAAUUCCCAGCUCUUGUUGCCUGCGUUUCUUCAAGUUUCUGCGGACGAAUCAGUCUAUCACUCCUCCAAAACCCGAUCUUGAAUCGCACAUCAUAAUCAUUCUGCGGCUGUUCGGAGCUAGAAAAUUUGCGGAGGCCAAGAAUAUUUUGAGCGCUGCUGUUGUAGACGAAGAUCUUCGAUGCCCGUUUUCGGAACUAACUUCGUUAGUGAGUAAAAGUUGUGUAGAACCCGGUGUAAAGAUUAAAUUAUUUGAUAUGUUAUUUAGGGUUUAUGCUGACAAUAGAAAGUUUGAUGAGGGUUUGGAGGUUUUCGAGUAUAUGGUCAAUAGCGGGUUCGAAAUCGACGAGCGUUCUUGCAUGGUUUAUCUGGUUGCUUUGAAGAAAUGCAACCGUUUUGGCUCCUUGUAUGAUUUCUUUCAGAAAAUGGUAGAAUGCAAUGUGAUGAUUACUGUUUAUUCGAUGACAUUGGUUAUUGAUGGAUUGUGUAAAAGAAAGGAAGUCGAAAAGGCAAGAAAAUUGAUGCACGAUUUGGUUAGAAGAGGGGUUAAACCAAGUGCGUAUACUUUCAACACUUUGAUAGAUGCUUAUGUGAAGAAAUCGGAUCACGAGGGAGUGAAAGAGAUCUUGGCUGCCAUGGAGAAAGCAGGGGUGGAUUUCAGUGUGGCCACAUAUACUAUUCGGAUCGAGUGGCAAGCGAAAUAUUUUGGGAUUGAAGAUGCCGUCAAGGUGUUUGAGGAAAUGUCUGAGAGAGGUGUAGAGGCAGAUGUUCAUGUGUAUUCAUUGAUGAUCAGUUUAUACUGUAAAGUAGGUGAUAUUAAGACUGCAUUUGCUUUGUUUGAUGAGUUGGUGGAGAAGGGGGUGGAGCCUAACGUCCUUACCUAUGGUUCGUUGAUACACGGCGUGUGCAAGAUGGGGAACAUGGAGGGAGCGGAAGUCUUGCUCGAUGAGAUGCAGAGCAAAGGAAUAGACCUGAAUCGAGUUAUCUUCAACACGCUGAUGGAUGGCUACUGUAAGCAAGGGAUGAUUGAUGAAGCUUGGAGACUGCAAAGUAUUAUGGAGAAGAAAGGAUUUGAUCCCGAUGUCUACGUGUACAAUAUGAUUGCUAAUGGUUUAUGCAGAUUGAACCGGCAUGAGGAAGCGAAGAAGGUGCUCUUCUCCAUGGGCGUGGCACCAAAUGUGUAUUCUUACACCACAUUGAUCGAUAUAUACAGCAAGGAAGGUAAUCUCGUUGAAGCUAAUAGAACGUUGCACGAGAUGGAGAAGAAUGGAGAGAACCCAAGCGUUGUGACCUACAACGCAUUGAUCCACGGAUACUGCAGAAACAGACAGAUGAAGGAAGCACACCAGUUAAGGAGGAGGAUGGGAGCUAAGGGGCUGCUGCCAGAUAGUUACACGUACACCUCUCUCGUGCAAGGAGAAUGCAUAGCCGGGGAUAUAGACAAGGCGCUGAAGCUCUUCGGAGAGAUGCAGGCGAAGAAUAUAACUCCGGAUUUAAUAGCUUACACUGCAUUGAUAUCAGGGUUGUCCAAAGAGGGGAGAUCAGAAGAGGCUUUCAAAUUGUACGACGAGAUAAAAGAUGCUGGUCUCACGCCCGAUGAUACCGUAUACUCUUGUCUUGUGGGCAGCCUCCAUGCUGCUCAAACUUAGUUUUGAAACCUCAGAUGAGAUCCUGAGAUAUUUACACAAUUGUGAUGUUUUUGUGGCUAUAAGCCUAUAAGCACAUCAUUUAUGUGUAAUAUGCUACAUUGCUUUGUUUAUGUAUCAAACAAGUAAAAUUUUGCUCUA